UGGCUGACACCACUUCAGCUCUGAUUUCCUUAAAGAGAGCAAGUCAGACCCAGGAUAGGCGGAGAAACAAGGAAGCUGGGUGCACAGUGCAGGCGGACAACUAGACACUUCACAUCUGGAGAUACGUACUCAGUAGGAAAUGGCUGCUGUAACUACGAGAUUACCGGAGCUGAACAUCACAGACGCUUACAAUAACCAAAACUCCACGAAUAAAACGCAGUGCAUCGAUUUAAAGGAUUGGGAUUGGCUCACCCGCCACCAGCCAGUCUACUUGUGCAUCAUCACUGUGCUGGGAAUCGUGUUAAACGCCUUCGUGUUGCUGGUCUUCUGCUUCCACAAGAAGGCGUGCACAGUAGCCGAAAUCUACCUCAGCAACUUGGCGGCCGCCGACCUUGUCCUAGUCUCUUGUCUGCCCUUCUGGGCCGUCUACAUCUACAGAAAAUUCAAAUGGCCUUUUGGAGAGACCCUUUGCAAAGUGGUCAAUGCAGGCAUCAAGAUGAACGCUUACUGCAGCAUCUACUUCCUUGUCCUGGUUAGCAUGGAUCGCUACGUGGCGCUGGUGCAUCCGAUGUCCUACGGGCGAAUGCGUCAUCCCAAGUAUGCCAAACUGGGAUGUUUGCUGGUGUGGGGCUUGGGCUUGUUACUGAGCGCUUCAACGCUGGUUUUCAGGGCAGUGAAGUAUUUUCCAGAGCAUGAUAUUCGAGCUUGCUUCUUGGAUUAUCCGAGCAAAAUGGUAGAGCUGGUCAGCGACGGGAUGCUGAUCACCUUUAGCUUCAUCAUCCCAAUUUCCAUCAUCGCAUUCUGCACCAUCAAAAUCAUCCGGGCGCUAAAGAAACAGUCACUUGCGAGGUCCAAUGCCCAGAAGAGUGAGCAGAAGGCCACCACGCUGGUGCUGGUCGUCCUCAUAGCCUUCCUCAUCUGCUGGGUGCCUUUUCACUUCAUCGCCGCACUAGAUGUGCUCCAAAAAACAAACAUUUUGGUAGGAUGUGCCGUCGAAAAAGUUUUAUCAAUUUGCACCCAGAUCUUUGCCUACCUGUCUUGUUUCAACAGCGUCGUCAAUCCUAUCUUGUAUGUCAUUGUUGGGAAAAAUUUCCGGAAAAAGGUUCAGGAAAUGUGCAAACAGCGUGGGGUCAGCAUGGAGACAACAGCGUCGACGCGUUCUGACACUUCCGCAACACUGAAGAGUUUCGCAUAAGGUUGGUUUCAGGUACAUGUUGGUCUCCUUAAAUCCCCCAGGGGGAUAUUCCAGAUUGACAUUCCAUAACAGAUACUCAUUAGCACAGCAACAUUUCUGUUCCACGUUUUGUUGUUGUUUGUUGCUCGGCAGGAUUUUUGAGGCGUUUGUUUGUUGUUGCUUGUUUUUUAAGAAUUAGCAAACAAAGCUCACCAUGAUGUUUCUUUGACAGCAGUGGAAGGACAACAUAUAAAAAAAAACAAAAUAAACAUGGCACAUCAUUACGUCACUUCCUGUCAAUGAGAAAGGACGCAAAGAAAAGGGGCUUCGGUUCUGCUCCUGGGAUUUUUGUUAGGUUUGAAGACUUUGACUACUGACUUUGCAAUCACAGCCACAGGAGCGUCACCUGGCAUUUUUGACCUGAUUUUAGUCGGUUGAGAGGCACUAAUACGGUGAAAUAAGGCGAAUUGGAGCCUGAGCUAUAGUGCGCAAAGUAGAGAAAUUCCGGCUGGAUAUAAUCGGACUCACUUCGACGCACAGCAAGGGCUCUGGAACCACUUCUCUCAUAAGGGGCUGGACUCUCUUACACUCUGGCGUCGCCGGCAGUGAGAGGCGACGGGCUGGGGUGGCAAUUCUCGUUUCCCCCCGGCUCAAAGCCUGCACGUUGGAGUUCAACCCAGUGGACGAAAGGGUACCCUCCCUCCGCCUUCGGGUGGGGGGACGGGUCCUGACUGUUGUUUGUGCUUACGCGCCAAACAACAGUCCAGAGUACCCACCCUUUUUUGGUACACUCGAGGGAGUACUGGAAAAUGCUACCCCUUGUCCUACUGGGGGACUUCAACGCUCAUGUUGGCAACGACAGUGAAACCUGGAGGCGUGAUUGGGAAGAAUGGCCGCCCGGAUCUGAACCUGAGUGGUGUUUUGGUAUUGGACUUUUUUGCUUGUCACAGUUUGUCCAUAACAAACACCAUGUUCAAACAUAAGGGUGUCCAUAUGUGCACUUGACACCAGGACACCCUAGGUCGCAGUUCCAUGAUCGACUUUGUAGUUGUGUCAUCGGAUUUGCGGACUCAUGUUUUGGACACUUCGGUGAAAAGAAGGGCAGAGCUUUCUACCGAUCACCACCUGGUGGUGAGUUGGCUGCGAUGGUGGGGGAGGAUGCCGGACAGACCUUGCAGGCCCAAACGCAUUCUGAGGGUUUGCUGGGAACGUCUGGCAGAGUUUCCUGUGAGAGAAAGUUUCAAUUCCCACCUCCGGAAGAACUUUGAACAUGUCACGAGGGUGGUGUUGGACAUUGAGUCCGAGUGGACCAUGUUCCGCACCUCUAUUGUUGAGGCGGAUGAUUGGAGCUGUGGCCGCAAGGUAGUUGGUGCCUGUCAGGGCGGUAAUCAUAGAACCCGUUGGUGGACACCAGCGGUGAGGGAUGCCGUCAAGCUGAGGAAGGAGUCCUAUCGGGUUCGUUUGGCUCAUGGGACUCCGGAGGCAGUGGACGGGUACAGACAGGCCAAGCGGUGUGCAGCUUCAGCGGUCGCGGAGGCAAAAACUCGAACAUAGGAGGAGUUCGGGGAAGCCAUGGAAAACGACUUCCGGAUGGCUUCGAAGCGAUUCUGGACCACCAUCCGCCGCCUCAAGAAAGCGAAGCAGUACACUGUAGACACCGUGUACGGUGCGGACGGUGUUCUGCUGAUCUCAACUGCGGAUGUUGUGGAUAGGUGGAAGGAAUACUUCGAAGACCUCCUCAAUCCCACCAACACAUCUUCCUAUGAGGAAGCAGUGCCUGGGGAAUUCUGUUGUGGGGUCUCCUAUUUCUGGGGCUGAGGUUGCCGAGGUAGUUGAAAAAUUCCUCGGUGGCAAGGCCCCAGAGGUGGACGAGAUCCGCCCGAAGUUCCUUAAGGCUCUGGAUGCUGUGGGGGCUGUCUUUGUUGACAAGACUCUGCAGCAUCGCGUGGACAUCGGGGGCGGUACCUCUGGAUUGGCAGACUGGGGUGGUGGUCCCUCUCUUUAAGAAGGGGGACCGGAGGGUGUGUUCCAACUAUCGUGGGAUCACACUCCUCAGCCUUCCCGGUAAGGUUUAUUCAGGUGUACUUAAGAGGAGGCUACGCCGGAUAGUUGAACUUCGGAUUCAGGAGGAACAGUGUGGUUUCCGUCCAGGUCGUGGAACUGUGGACCAGCUCUAUACUCUCGGCAGGGUUCUUGAGGGUGCAUGGGAGUUUGCCCAACCAGUUUACAUGUGCUUUGUGGACUUGGAGAAGGCAUUCGACCGUGUCCCUCAGGAAGUCUUGAGGGGAGUGCUCAGAGAGUAUGGGGUAUUGGACUGUCUUAUUGUGGCGGUCCGCUCCCUGUACGAUCAGUGUCAGAGCUUGGUCCGCAUUGCCGGCAGUAAGUCGGACACAUUUCCAGUGAGGGUUGGACUCCGUCAAGGCUGUCCUUUGUCACCGAUUCUGUUCAUAACUUUUAUGGACAGAAUUUCUAGGCGUAGUCAAGGCGUUGAGGGGUUCCAGUUUGGUGGCCGCGGGAUUAGGUCUCUGCUUUUUGCAAAUGAUGUGGUCCUGAUGGCUUCAUCUUGCAGGGAUCUUCAGCUCUCACUGGCUCUUACUAGUUCAAACCCUUCAUUUAUUGAAUCAAAAAUACUGAAAUUCCACAACAUAGUGGAAGAAAACUAUAAUCCGCUACCCAAGAAUGUACAACAAUUAUUCUCAACAAAAGAGGAGAGAUAUAAUCUUAGCAAAAAAAUCCAUACUUUUGCGGAGACUAUUAGGCUCUUGUUCUCUAUUGCUCUUUGAUCUCGGCGCACUCUCCAUAGUCACGUGACCGCCGCGGUCUAAUCAGCUGUGCUUAUAAGGCGGUAACAGGAAGUGGCCAGUAGACAGGACAUGAGGGGAGACAGAUUGUAUUUCUGCUCGAGGUAGGUUUUUAUUCUCGUUUUCACCCAAAGUAUUGUGCAGACGGGAUUCUGAACUAAAUGCCUAUUUGUUAACUUUAUAAAGCAGACUACCAGCACCGGAUUUUUUUGUCAUUGGACCGGGUUUGACGCUACAAGCGGUGUUGGUGAGUCCAUAUUUAUGAAAAUGCACCUCUAGCAUUGGUCUUUGUUCGAUUUGUAUCAUUGCAAGAGUCUUUGUGGCAUAUAUCUCAAUCGUCAAUAUAGAAGGUUUAUUACUUGAACCAAUGUGAACUAAUGAGUAUUUAAUGUACUUUUGAAUGUCUUUUAAUAAUAAGCACGUAUAGUGCACUGUCCGCUUUGUAUAGGUCAUAUUUAUGCUGCUAAUGGUUAUUUUAGCACUUUAUUGCAUAUUGUGAUUUUGACAUGUAUGUUGAUUUAUAUUGUACAAUACAAAGGAAAAACCUGUUCUGAGUACUUUAUAAUGCAAUUAAUGUUAUUUAAUGAAGAUAUUUAAUUUGUCUACACAUAGCUCGGUUGGUAGAGUGGCCGUGCCAGCAACUCAAAGAGUUGCAGGUUCGAUUCCCGCUUCCGCCACCCUAGUCACUGCCGUUGUGUCCUUGGGCAAGACACUUUACCCACCUGCUCCCAGUGCCACCCACACUGGUUUAAAUGUAACUUAUAUAUUGGGUUUCACUAUGUAAAGCGCUUUGAGUCACUAGGGAAAAGCGCUAUAUAAAUAUAAUUCACAUUUACAAAGAUGGUCCUGGUUCUUACACAGGCCAGGCUUCUCCUUAUGAUGAAAAAGCUAAAGGGAAAAAAGCAUCUAGUCCAAGGAUCGUUCUGGCUGGUAGGAGGCUCUCGAGCCAAACCUCUACACAUUUUCACCCUUAACCGCAGCACAUGGACUGUACGGCUUUACUCUCUACAAAACCUUUCUCCAAGAAUUAUAUUAUCUGACCUGAAAUUUAAACAAGAUCCAUAGACACUGAAUACUUGAAUUGAAAUUGUAUGUAUGUAUAUAGUAACUGUGUUUUUCUUCACACUGCUUUCACAUUGAAUGGGCAUUAAACUAUA